UUUUUCGCUGAACUACCAGCUGCUGCGGACCUACACUUCAAAGAUGGCAGCGCUCACGAGUCGUGCUCGGAGUACAUUGGGCAAAUGCUUUCAAAUUCGGCAAGGAACCGUCGCAAAGGUUGUACAAUCAUCCCGAGGUGCAAGUACAAAGCCCAGGAAAACCAUAGGACUGCUGCGAAACCAUCAUUGGAGGGUAGCAGCUGGUCUUCCCAGGCGCUGGAAUGAAACCCCUGCAUUUGCUGAUGCGCCAGACUGGACAUUCAAUGAUGGAAGGCCGACUCCAUUGAUUGGGGCCCAGAAGAAACGAUAUCUUCAGCAGCUGGAGUACUGUACAACCAUUGUGAAGUACUUAAAGGAAAUCAACGAAGCCCAGGAAACAAGUGCGCACGUUGCUCAGGAAGAGGAAGAAAUCAAAAAGCGUGUUGCUUCUGGAAAGUUCAAGCAGAAAGGCCUAUGGGAACUGAAGAUACAUCAGCCCACUCAAGCAAAGAAAACUGCUAAAGCUUAGUGCAUUUUAUGUGAAAAGUAGAUAUUGUAUUUCUGUACACAUGCUUGCAGUAACAUUAAAGUGGAAUUUGUUGAUUUUA